ACUUGCAGAUAUACUCUCUCUCUCUCUCCGACCUCCACCACCUAUACACACACCAACUGUAUCUAUCUGUAUCUAUAUCUCUAUGAAUUGACGAUGAUAUCAAUCAUAUAUAGUUAGCUUAGAUAGGUGCUAGCUUAGAUAGGUAGCAGCCAGCAAUUCAUCAUUUCAUUACAUACAGAUAGAGAUACAGAAAGAGAUAGAGAUAGAGAGAGACAGAUAAGAGGCAAUCCGACCGGUCCGGUCUGAAGAUGGGCAGAGCUCCGUGCUGCGACAAGGCGAACGUGAAGCGUGGGCCAUGGUCCCCUGAGGAAGACGCUAAGCUCAAAACCUACAUCGACUCCCAUGGCACCGGCGGCAACUGGAUCGCCUUGCCUCACAAAAUCGGCCUCAAGAGAUGCGGCAAGAGCUGCCGCCUCAGAUGGCUCAAUUACCUCCGACCCAACAUCAAACAUGGCGGAUUUACUGAGGAGGAAGAUAACCUCAUUUGCAGCCUCUAUAUCACCAUCGGAAGCAGGUGGUCGAUCAUUGCGGCUCAGUUGCCGGGGAGAACUGACAACGACAUAAAGAAUUACUGGAACACGCGCCUGAAGAAGAAGCUGUUGGGCCGGCAGCGGACAACGGCGGCGACGGCGAGAUCGGAAAAUGGUAAGAAAUCGGAGGGAAAGAAAUUCGGAGGACGAGAUUAUCUCCAGAAUUAUUUCUCCAUCAACGAUUACUGUUACAAUGUCUACCCUCCGCCGCUGCCGCCGCCGUACUCCGCCGCCAUAGAAGCUCCGGCGACGACGACGUGCGACCAAAUGGAGCUGAAUUUCCUGGCAAGCGUCGCUCCGGCCGGGUUGUUUCAGACAAACGCCAUGGGAGAGGCUUCCUACGCCUCCGAUGAUCAGAAUCUGUCGAGGAAUUCAGGCGUCGAUCGUUACCUCGUACCUAAUUGGAGCUUCAAUUCCUACGAUGAUUUCUACAGCGCGAGAGAAAACAUCAAUAAUUCAUCGUCGUCAUCCGCCGGCGGCGGCGGCGGCGGGGAGAUGAUGUUGAACGGCAGCGUAGCCUGGGGGAAUGCGAAUUGUCCGAUUUACCCUUGUGCGCCGCCAGAGUGGACGUACUUGGAGGAGGAGGAGGCAAGGCUACAGGUCCCGGACUUCCAACAGCAAUUAUUACAACAUCAUCAUCAUCAUCAGCAGCAGCAGCAGGAGCUUCCAUCGGCAUUGUCUUAAUCUUGCAGUGAGUAUGAUUAAUUCUUCAGUCAGAGGCUCCACACGUCUCGUCGUUGUCGGCGUCGUUAAUCUUACCUUGUACCAUCACUUUCAUAAUAUAUCAGCAGACUCUUC